UGGCAGUCACCACAAUGCCUUUACUCCUAACCCCGCCCCUCUUGAAACCAACAACUUAUCAGCUAUUCCCUCAAAUCCCGCCCCUCCAGACAGCGACCACCAAUCAGCACUGGCGAAGACAGGGGGGAUCAUCUCAGAGUUCUACUCCCACUCUCGUCUACAUCACAUCUCCACGUGGAGGAGUGAGUUCUCUGAGUAUGUCAACACGCUGCAGAGCGGAGGAGGUCCACAGGGGCGCCACAUUCCCCGGGAGAGACAGGCUCAAACGCCAGAGGAGAGAGGGUUCGUCAGCUGCUCCUGGCCCUCAGUCCUGUAUCCUGCAUGUGGACAUGGACUGUUUCUUUGUCUCUGUGGGGAUCAGACACCGGCCCGACCUCAAAGGGAAGCCAGUAGCUGUGACCAGUAACCGUGGUCCAGGCAGAGUGGCCCAGAGGCCUGGUGUUGACCGCCAGCUGGAGCUGCAGUACUACCAGAGGAAAUACUCCCAUGCAGGUGUCUCGGAGAGGAAGGAUGGGGACCUGGAGGAAAUGACCUCGGCCGAGAGUCACGUCUCCCACGGCAAUGGCGUGGACCUGGACACAACUUGCCUCUCUAUGGCUGAGAUUGCCUCCUGUAGCUACGAGGCCAGGCAGGCAGGAGUGAGGAAUGGGAUGUUUUUUGGCCAGGCCAAACAGCUCUGUCCUUCCCUGCAGUCUGUCCCUUAUGACUUUCAGGCUUACAAGGAGGUGGCACUUGCUAUGUACGAGACCCUCGCCAGUUAUACUCACAACAUUGAGGCUCUGAGUUGUGACGAGGCGUUGGUGGAUUGCUCUGCCCUGCUGGCUGAGUUGGGUGCUACACCUGAAGAGCUAGCCAGCGCCAUCCGGACAGAUGUCAGGGAGAGGACUGGGUGCACUGCCUCGGUGGGCAUGGGGUCCAACAUCCUGCUGGCGAGGAUGGCGACCCGGAAGGCCAAGCCGGACGGACAGUACCUCCUGAGGUCAGAGGAAGUGGACGACUUCAUCAGGGACCACACGGUCACUAGCCUGCCAGGUGUGGGCCGUUCUAUGGGCGCAAAGCUGGCGUCUCUGGGUGUGAGGUCGUGUGGGGACCUGCAGCAGGUGUCUCUACAGCAACUGCAGAAGGAGUUUGGCCCUCGCACCGGGCAGACCCUCUUCAGGUUCUGCCGAGGUCUGGACGACCGGCCCGUACGCAGCGAGAAGGAGAGGAAGUCUGUCUCGGCCGAGAUGAACUACAACAUCCGCUUCACACAGGUGGACGAGGCGGAGUCGUUCCUGACCAACCUGUCCAUGGAGGUGCAGAAGCGUCUUCAGGGGGCGGGGCUCAGGGGGCGCAGACUGACCCUAAAGGUCAUGGUGCGUAAGGUGGGGGCCCCGGUGGAGCCAUCCAAAUAUGGUGGUCACGGCAUCUGUGACAAUCUGGCCAGGUCAGUGACCCUGGCCCAGUCGACAGACAGUGGUCAGCUGAUAGCCAGUGAGGUCAUCAAGCUGUUCCACGCAAUGAGGCUGGAGGUGCAGGACCUGAGGGGGGUGGGCCUUCAGGUGCAGCUCCUUGAUGGGGCCCAUUCAGCCCCCCAUGACCCCUCCGGCCCUAAAACACGCUCCAUCAGAGACAUGCUUCUGGCCCAGCGGCCUCCCGCCAUACACAACCACACAGGUGUGUGUGUGUGUGAGAUCUUGUUAGUGAUUACCUCAAGAAGCCAUACAUCAACCUCUGCUCUCUCUUCAGAUUCGCUAGCUGAUGCUCCUGUUGCUGACUCAACCACCAAUCAGGGGAAGAGUUCCUCUGCCACAGUCCCACCCCCCUUCUCCACUCUCCGCCCUCCUUCGCCUGCUGAUCCAAUCCCAGGGACAAGUAAAGAAGAGCCGCUGCCCUCUACACGCACACCUAACCAUGUUCGGACGCGCCUCAACCUCAGCAUCGAGGUCCCCUCUCCUUCACAGGUGGACAGGUCAGUGUUGGACGCCUUGCCUGCAGAAUUGAGAGAACAGGUGGAGCGCUCCUGGACCCACAGAGAGACAGAGAGAUCCCACAACGGGUCACACCACCGCCCCUCUAGCCCUCACCCCUCUUCCCUUCUUUCUUCCCCCUCCUCUCCUCCUCCCCCCGCUGCCCUUCCUGUAGGAACACUGGUUCUUCAGAUCCCCAACCAGCCUGGACAGCCUGGCUCCACGGGCAUCAUACUGGAACUGCCUGACUUUUCCCAGGUUGACCCGGAGGUGUUUGCGGCGCUCCCCAGAGAGCUCCAGGAGGAACUGCGUUCAGCGUACGGCCGCAGAGAGACCGCCCAGGCCCAAGGGAUCAUCAUGGCAGAGCAGAGGAACCCCCUGUUGCAGCUGAAGCAGGUUGGAGCGGGUCGGGUGAAGAGGCGCUACAAGAAGAAAAACGCCAACUCCAGCCCCACUAAGAAAGGCCCCUCCCCUCUAAAGAGGCCCCACCCACCAGGAAACAGCCCCGCCAAAGCCCUACAGCACCCGCUCAGACCGAGGGACCUAUCCAAUGGCCUCAAGCUGGAGAAUGGACCUUCCACAUCCUCCCUAAAGCAGGAUGUCCCAGAGACUCUGUCUAAGUUCACCCCUCGCCCUGAACCCACCCUGGCUGGAGCCUGUGAUUUCACGGACAUCCGAACACUACUCAGAGAAUGGGUCACUACCAUCUCAGAACCCAUGGAGGAGGACAUUCUGCAGGUGGUCAAGUACUGCACUGAUCUGAUCGAGGACAAAGACCUGGAGAAACUUGACCUGGUCAUCAAGUACAUGAAGAGGUUGAUGCAGCAGUCUGUGGAGUCUGUGUGGAGCAUGGCCUUUGACUUCAUCCUGGACAACGUGCAGGUGGUGGUACAGCAGACCUACGGCAGCACUCUGAAGAUCACAUAGGAGAGGACACGGCAGGCUCUAGCCGAGUCUCAAAUCACACCCUAUUCCCCAUAUAGUGCAUUGGUCAAAAGUAGUGCACUAGUAUGUGGGGGAUAGGAUGCCAUUUGAGAUCCAGUUUUGCUCCUCCACACACUCUGCAUCAGUGUUCUGUUUGUUGUACCACUGCUACAUCAUCAAACUAUUACAUCAUAAUCCUGACGGGAGGAGCUGUGUUCUAAUCUUAUGACAUCACAGUGAAAGAGUUCUGUGAUAUCAGCUCAGCAAGCUCCAUAGAAUUAGUAACAAUAGGAUCUAUAUGACAAGCUCUCUCUCACUGACCUGCAUUCUAUUUCGACUUCAUUAUGACACGCGUCAGCAGAACACAGCACAGGAAUCGGCUGCACUACACUUCAGCAGCCUGAAUAUCAACUUGGCCCGACACGCACUGUCCAACCGUCCAUGAGCCGGGGGGGGGGCAGGAACACUCCUCCUGUAGCCACUGUUGGUCAGGACCCACUGAAUCUCAUGAGUGAUGGCUGACUCGACCAUUAGGUGUGUGAAUAUGCCAAAUAUCACAGUCUGAUGCCUAGAGAUGGUGGCCAUGGAAUCUCCUUGCCUUCUCGACGGUCUACUCUGCCCCCCCUCCCUUCCCCCCCUAUUCUGUGACAUCCAGGGUUUGGAGGCAGAAAGAAGGAAACCAUAGACAUCCACUUUUCCUGGCUCUGUUUCUUUUCUCUCUCUGCUUUUCACCAGUCGUUCUGUUACUCUAAGCUCUGCCACCAUAGCCUCCGAAGUAUCUGCAAACUGACAUGGUAGCAAAAAGAUGCAAAACAUCCUGUUUGGGAGAUUGUUUUUAAAAAGCAAGCAAUUUUUUUGUACCUUUCCUCUGCAAAAAAGUGCCGAACCUUGUUAUGGCAUGUAAAUGGUGUUUUCAACACCUCUUGUUAAGUUUCAAAAGAAAAAAACAUGUUUCUAUAUAGACAUUCUUAUGUUUUCUCUUGUAUUGGUUACAAGUAGUGUGUUAUUAACUGUUGUUAGUUCUCUCUAUUGCUCUUUCAUCGUGGGUGUGUGUUUGACGGGAUGGAAACCAAAAUUUGGCCAAAGCGCUUAUGUUACUUUUUUUAUGCAACCUCUAUAGGUUGACACAGAAUUGCAAUGGUGUGAAGUGGCUUCCUCUCCUUCAACUACACUGAUGAGAAAAUAUAGGAGAAAGCAAUACUAUAUCGCUUUGGAUAGCUACUAUGUGACGUGCAGAUGGUGAGGAGAGGAAGCCAUUUUAGGCUAUUGUGAGGCACCCACUCUCCUUAUGAGCUGUCAAUACUCUGUGACAUCAAAUUAAAUAAUACUUGCUUAUGACCUCACAACAAUGUCACACCUUUUUGUGACAUUGCAGAAUUAAAUGUUCUCUUAUUGUGACAUCGCGGGAUACAAAUGUUCAAGAGAACACACAUUUGUUGCAAAAAAAGAACUGACAGUUUUCUCUCAUUGUGACAUCAGCAGAGUGGAUGACAUGGUGGUUUUGAAAUGGUUUCUACUGUACCUGAUCCAUGAUCAUAUUACGGUGAGUAUGCUGGGGAAAUGAAUGUAGUUCUAAACACAGGAGACAGACAGACAACCCUUUGAUUCUGAGUUUAUUUCCUUAGAAUUUGUAUGCUGUGGUCUCUGAGUGAAUGUAUAAUACUCACUUUUCCUCUCAUCUGCCCUAACUCUACAAAAGGGAAGGGCCAGAAGGAAUUAUCUCAUUGGUCAGUGUACCUGUCUAUCACGACUGACCCGUGCCUGAAGACCUGAAGCUGUGACAUCAUUUGUAUGUUUUCUAAUAACUUGAUAAUAAACUUGGAACUUGUAAAAUUUUUGAUUUUAA